UAUAUCCCUUUUCUUUCUUAUAAGACUUAUCGGAGACUUGGUAAGAAUUGCUUUUCUCAUGUAUAUUUGUAUAUAUAAUAGGACUCCGUACUGUCCAAUUAAGAAAAAACAAUUGGAGGCCGAGUCCAACUUUGAGCUCCAAAGAAUUUCCGAAAUAAUCAAAAUUAAAUGAUUAAAAUUGAAAGCAAUCGCAAAUAUUCGGCUCCCUCAAAGUCUUCGCCCGUGAAAAAUAAACUUGUAAUUUCGCUCUUCUGCUAAAAUGUCACCUUACAUUACAAUAAUUACUAAUGAAAGUGUAGUGAUACGUGUUUAAGAAUCACUAAGAACGGACUUUGGACCCUGUUGGUCUGGACAAUUAUUAUUAUUAUGUAUUGUUAAAUUAUUAUUAGUGUAUUAUUAGUUUGGUCGAGGCUAUAAUUCUAUGUAAGCGUAGGAACGUUGCAAUUUAAAAUAGAGCGCGCGCAGAAAAUGGCGUACACUAGUUUAUCGCGUGAACAAGUUGAUUGCAGUUACUCCUUAGCUACAUCCUCGAACCCUAACACUUGGCAAGAAUUGUAUUAAACUAUUCAAGUCUCCAACAGUGUUUACAAAAGCAACUUGAAUAUACAAUUGAAGUAAUCGUUAACGUUUACAAAUGUUUAUGAAUUGUCAGCAAACAUUUGCUGAAAUUUUAAUUUUGUGACAGCUGUUUACACCGUAAAGCAUAUCCAUCAAAAGCAGCCACCGUGACUAUACAGCCGUCGCUAUACAGCGAGACGUGUUUAUCAAAAACUAAAGACGCUUCCAAUGGCGAUGCUGUCGUUGGGAUAGAUUUCGCCGGACAAAUUUAGAAUAUUGAAGUACUGGAAGUGAAAAUAAAUGUGUGAGAAGAGCACUUCCAACACGGCGAAAAGUGGAAGGGCUUCACAUGAAGUUUUUUCUUGACGUCUGAGAAAAGUUAAACUCAAAAGGUACGAGUAAUUAUUAAUGAGAAAACUGUUCGCACUCGGAAAAUGAAACUACAGCGCUACACAACAACGCCUGAAUGGGUAGCAAUGCAUAAUAGAGGAGUGUUUGCAAUCAACACGUCUUUUCACUCUGCGGUGAAAAUGGCUUUUUUUCGCCCGAUAUAUUCCUGCCCGCUUUUGUCGCUAAAGACCACUUAAGGUUUAAUUAAUUUUAUUAUAAAUGAGUAAAGCAAGUGAUUAUCAAGACUUUAAAAGGAGUUAAACGUAUUAUAGUAGCUUGACGUUGUAUGUGUUGCUGAAGGAGCUGGAAAUCCUCACUUGUGAUAUAUUCAAGAUUGCUCUAAUCAGACACCAACAGCAAACUAUGAGCAGUAGCGAGCCUGAACCGAAAGCCGAACCGCGUCAAACUCCAGAAUCCGAACCAGAACCAGAACUGGUCCCAAAUACUAGUGCUGAACCCAGAAGUGAUCUCGAAUGUUACUCGGAGCCGGAAAGUGUCGGCGAACCGCUUCCCGAGUGGAGUUCGGCUAUUAAUGAGUGGGGCUUUGCCUGGGAGUUCUAUCAGUACGCCCUUGGCGGAAUAUUCAUUCUCAUAGGUCUACUCUCGCUUGUCCUUGUCGUCAAACUCAAGACGUCCCACAGCUUUCGGCAGAAGAAAGCACACGUCGUAAACCUGGUUUUGUUAAUCUUGUUUGGGGUAACGCGAGGUCUUUCCUUGUGCAUAGAUAUAAACCACUCGAGAGGAAUUUCACCCAGGGCUGCUGUCAAUCUAUUAUGGGGCUUGGGUCAACCUUGUAUUAUAACCGCUUACACUUUAGUGUUUGUAGUACUUAGGAAUGCUAUGAUGCUUAAACAGCGAUUCCAGAACUGGUACACCAACCGCAACAUCGCACUUACCACUGUACCAUACUUUUGUUUUGUCUUCGUAGCGGAGAUCACAGUAGCUUAUGUAGCGACCAAAUCCUGGCUAACCUUUGCAUGCCAGCUACUGUACGUCCUAACCAGUCUUCUCCUGUUAGCUUUUUACACUUACAUUGCUGUAGUUCUUUGGAAAAAGCUUCAAGGAGCUAAUGGCUCGCCAGCGACAAGAUCGCGACUCAGGCCAAUAUUCACGACAUGUUGCGCAGCGAUUAUCGGUGGAACUUUGCUUUGUGCAACGAACAUCUACGGACUCUGCGGAGUGUACGGAGUGUUUUCAACUGCGACUAGUGUUGCAGCAUGGCCUUGGCUUUGGUUUAACAUGGUUCAGCGGUUGCUAGAGAUAGGCUUGAGUUUACUGUUGCUCUGGGUUCUUGCGCAGAAGGAUGUGUCGUCUUCAGGAAAUAAUGAGAUGGCCUCGUCUUCCAGACACACUGGUGAUGAUGUGAUUGUUGUCAGGACUUACAAACGCGCCCAGCACUCUUUACAGACGCAGAGUACUCGAACAGAAAGCGUGAACUAGAUAUUAAAGAUGAGACCAAUGUUUGAUCGUCUCCGGGAAAUUGGAUGUUGACUCAAAGUGGUGUUGACUCGUCGAAUGUUGGCAGGUCUCAUAGACGCGCCAAGAUCUUACAGUAAUCGCAGAGUACUCGUACAGAAAGCGCCGCGUGGACUAAUGUAAAAAACAAUAACCAAAGGUGAGAACAAUUUUUUAUCGUCUCCGGGAAAUUGGACGAUGACUCAAGGCAACAGGACUCAUUUACGCGCCCAGCUCUUACAGCAAUCGCAGAGUACUUAAACAGAAGGCAUGGACUAGAUGUGUAAAAAUUACUAAGUAUAAGAACGACGUUUGAUCGUUGUCGGGAAAUUGGAAGAUGACUCACGGCAAAGCGGUGUUGACUUGUCAAAUGUUGUCAGGACUUAUAGACGCGCCCAUAUUUUACAGUAAUCGCAGAGUACUCGAACAGAAAGCUUGGACUAGAUGUGUAACAAUCACUAGGAAGAAAACGACGUUUGAUCGUUUUUCGGGAAAUUGGGAGAUGACUCAAGGCAAAGUGGUGUUCAAUCGUCAAAUGUUAGCAGGACUUAUACACGCGCCCAGCUCUUACAGUAAUGGCAAAGUACUCGAACAGAAAGCUUGGACUAGAUGUGUAAAAACAGUAAAAA